UCCAUAAAGGGUAGCUGACUAGUUGGUGGCUUGUUUGGCUAUAAAUAAUUGCUUCUCCCUCACAUCUUGCUUUUCUAAUAACACUCUUUGCUCAUCAUCUCAGAAACCUUCUUCAAUCCAUUCCCAUGGAUUCCAUUGCUCACUCCUUCUGCAAAGUCAAGGUGGAAGCUCUUCAAGAUGAAUUGGAACGUAGCCGAAAAGAGAAUGAAACUCUUAAGGUUAUGGUUGAAGUUAUGAGCGGUAAGCUCAGUGCCCUUCGAUCAAAUGUUCAAGAAAUUGGCAGCAACUCGCCACUGAGUGGUGUCUCACCCUAUGAGCUCUAUGGCUUAAACAAGAGACCGAGGAUUGAGAUUCCCAUGUCCAAACCUUCGCAAAUCUUAGUCAAAACCGACCCCAAAGACAAGAGCCUAAAUCUAAAAGAUGGAUACCAAUGGAGAAAGUAUGGGCAGAAGGUUACUAAAGAUAAUCCAUCACCUAGAGCUUACUUCAGAUGUUCCAUGGCUCCAAGUUGCCCCGUCAAAAAGAAGGUUCAAAGAUGUGCGGAGGACAAGACAUUUCUGGUUGCUACUUAUGAAGGAGAGCACAACCAUGAUCCCAAUGGAUCUCCUGGACACUCUAUGUACUCUCCGGAUAGCUUAUCAAGAAGCUCGAGAAGUAGCACAGUUUCUUGCCCAGUCACAAGUAGUCCUUUUCAAACAGAGGUAGCCCUUGAUCUUACCCUUUCAAGUCCCACACACGAUCACAAGGAAAAACCUCGUCAAACUUCUUUGGAAGACAACAUCAGCAGCAACACUAACAAGGUUGAAGAGUAUGUGGCAUCCCUCGCCAAAGAUCCAAGCUUUACGGUUGCUUUGGCUGCAGCUGUAGCUCGCUCUUUAUCUACACCAAGAGUAUUGUGAAAUGUCUCCACUUUAAACGUAAAGGGAAUUGGUAAUUUGUUAGCUACUAGUAGUUCUUCUCAUUCUCUUAUCCUUGUGCUUCUGCUGUACAUGAGUCAGGAAUCUAUUCUUCCAAAAUGGAAUGUUAGUACUUCAAAAAUGCUAGAGUUACCGGCUUACUCAGCACAAGAAUUAGCUUAUGUUAAAUAUAUGGGGAGUGUGUUGAGCAUAUUAAAUAUUAAUUAUUUUAUUCGAGUUUAUAUAAGUCGAUCAUUCACCUUAACA